GCAAGCAGACGCAACUCGAGCGCCAGCGGGGCGGAACGACAAACCCCAUUCAGCUCCGAACGACGACGAAAGCAAGCAGCAAUUGUAUCCCUACACACCAACAGCAUCAGCUGUAGCAGUAGGAGACAGACACCCUAUGGCUAGAGGCUCAUGAGGACGCUGAGCAGCGAUGGGUUCUGCCGAGGCGACGUCGCCCUCGUCCUCCACCAACUUACCAGGCGGCGAAAUCGACUGUAUGCAAGAGCGGAAGUGGUGGUGCUUCCUGCUCUCCAGCAUCUUUACCUUCCUGGCGGGUCUCUUCAUUAUCCUGAUAUGGCGUGCCUUUGCCUUCCUGUGCUGUCGCAAGGAGAAAGCGGCGGCGUACAGCCCAGGAGCUCCCAAGCAAACACCCAGUGGUCAACAAAAGGGUCCACCUGCUCCCGGGGGCUGCAGCGAUCGCGAUGCCAAGCGCAAAGCCGGAGAAGGCGGGGCCGAAAUCGGGUUCAUGACAGAGGCCAAGGAUUGGGCAGGGGAACUCAUCUCGGGACAGACCACCACGGGCAGGAUACUGGUCGUACUGGUAUUCCUGUUAAGCAUAGCUUCUCUUAUAAUCUACUUCAUUGACGCAUCCAGAACUGGAGCAAGCAAACAUAGCGACAAAGGAAAAUUUCAAGAUGGCGUGGAGAAGUGCCAGACAUGGUCAUCAAACACAACGCAACAAAUAGAUCUAGCUCUCAAUAUAUUCUUCAUGGUUUAUUUUUUCAUACGUUUCAUAGCAGCUAGUGACAAAUUGUGGUUCAUGUUGGAGCUGUAUUCAUUUGUUGACUACUUCACCAUUCCGCCGUCCUUUGUUUCAAUCUACUUGGACCGCACAUGGAUUGGACUUCGCUUCCUCCGAGCACUACGCAUGAUGUCUGUGCCAGAUAUUCUGCAGUACCUGAACGUGCUCAAAACCAGCAGCUCCAUUCGUCUGGCACAGCUAGUCUCCAUUGUGAUUAGCGUGUGGCUUACCGCUGCCGGAAUUAUCCAUCUGUUGGAAAAUUCAGGCGACCCCUUGGACUUUGCAAACGCACGCAAGCUUACGUACUGGGAGUGCGUGUACUAUUUGAUAGUUACAAUGUCCACUGUGGGUUAUGGUGACGUAUACUGUCAGACAACACUGGGACAAGUCUUCAUAGUACUCUUCAUACUUGUCGGCUUGGCGGUGUUCGCCAGUUGCAUUCCAGAGAUUCUAGAAUUGAUAGGAACUAGACCGAAAUAUGGCGGAGAAUACAGGCGGGAGCAUGGGAAAAGACACAUCGUCGUGUGUGGUCACAUCACAUACGAGUCCGUGUCUCACUUUCUCAAAGAUUUCCUCCAUGAGGAUAGAGAAGACGUAGAUGUAGAAGUAGUUUUUUUACACAGAAAGCCUCCUGACCUCGAGCUAGAAGGUUUAAUAAAAAGACACUUUACUACAGUGGAGUUCUUUCAAGGCAGUGUGAUGAAUCCCAUUGACUUACAAAGGGUCAAGGUCCACGAGGCAGAUGCAUGUUUGGUGCUGGCAAACAAGUACUGUCAGGACCCGGAUGCUGAAGACGCUGCCAACAUCAUGAGAGUCAUCUCCAUCAAGAAUUACUCUGAUGAUAUACGAGUUAUUAUUCAGUUGAUGCAGUAUCACAACAAGGCUUACUUGUUGAACAUCCCCAGUUGGAACUGGAAAAGAGGGGAUGACGUCAUUUGUGUUUCCGAGUUGAAACUCGGCUUCAUCGCUCAAAGUUGUUUGGCUCCAGGCUUCUCAACGAUGAUGGCAAACCUCUUCGCCAUGAGAUCGUACAAAACGUCCCCUGACAUGCCUGCUUGGCAGAACGAUUACCUCUGUGGAACUGGAAUGGAGAUGUACACCGAAAGCUUGUCAGCUUCUUUCACUAGCAUGACGUUCCCACAAGCUGCUGAGCUGUGUUUUGUAAAAUUAAAACUCCUCCUCCUUGCGAUCGAAGUAGCAGUCGACGAUAGUUCAGAUUCCAAGAUUGCAAUCAACCCGAAGAAAAAGAUAAAAAUUACGCUAAACACUCAGGGUUUCUUUAUUGCUCAAUCGGCAGAUGAGGUGAAAAGGGCAUGGUUUUAUUGCAAGAAUUGCCACGAAGAUAUCAAGGAUGAGAAGCUGAUUAAAAAAUGCAAGUGCAAGAACCAUGAAGGGCUGCAUAACGCCAAUGUCCCCACUUUUACUCCACCCGAAAUCCCCAAGAGGGUCAAGAUACGAGUUGCAGAAGAAAGCUUUACUUACGUGGCGAGUCAGCCACAGAUUGGCAACAACAACGAGCAGAAUCGUGUGAGCUCGGCACCAAAACCAAAGCCGAGUACUAAGAAGCACGACCAAAGCAACUCUCUUGCAUCCCCUGCGGACCGAAACGGUCGAUCCGCUCCCCCAGCCUAUGCUAGUCCUGACACCCCACACGCCACUCGGACGGCUGCGCCCGACAUGUUUGCAGGCUUACACCUUGCCUAUGAGGUCAAAAAGCUCAUGCCCACCAGUAGAGGAGCCAACGGGACCGGGAACUCCCAAAACGAGAAGCCCUUUCCUGUGGGCCUCUCCGACGAUCAGGCAAAAGACUUUGAAAAGACCGAGAUGAAAUACGACUCCACGGGGAUGUUCCAUUGGUGCUCGGCGCGUCCCAUAGAAGACUGCAUACUAGACCGAAACCAAGCCGCAAUGACAGUGCUUAACGGCCAUGUCGUUGUGUGCCUCUUUGCUGAUCCCGACUCUCCACUAAUAGGGUUGCGUAACUUAGUAAUGCCACUUCGUGCCAGCAAUUUCCACUACCACGAACUGAAGCAUGUUGUCAUCGUCGGCAAUGUGGACUACCUUAGGAGGGAAUGGAAGAUGCUUCAGAACCUUCCGAAAAUUUCUGUACUGAAUGGCUCUCCACUGAGUCGUGCAGACCUUCGAGCGGUCAACAUCAAUCUAUGUGAUAUGUGCGUCAUCCUGUCUGCCAAAAUACCCAGCAGUGAUGACCCAACACUAGCCGACAAGGAAGCCAUUCUUGCCUCACUAAACAUCAAAGCGAUGACCUUUGAUGAUACCAUAGGUGUCCUUACUCAUAAUCCCAAUGGUGCUGAGGGAUUCUCCCCACUGGGUAGUCCCAUUGUGAUGCAACGACGGGGGUCCGUGUACGGUGCCAACGUGCCUCUCAUCACGGAACUCGUAAAUGACACAAAUGUGCAGUUUCUGGAUCAGGAUGAUGAUGACGAUCCGGACACGGAGCUGUACCUGACGCAGCCUUUUGCCUGUGGUACUGCCUUUGCUGUCAGUGUACUGGACUCGCUAAUGAGCACAACGUACUUCAAUGCCAACGCACUGACGUUGAUCCGAUCUUUAAUUACGGGUGGCGCAACCCCUGAGCUGGAGCUCAUCCUGGCAGAAGGUGCUGGACUUCGAGGUGGAUAUAGCACACCGGAGUCCCUAGCCAACAGAGACCGGUGCCGGGUGGGACAGAUCUCUCUAUACGACGGACCACUGGCUCAGUUUGGGGAGGGAGGAAAAUACGGCGACUUGUUCGUCGCCGCCCUGCGCAGCUAUGGCAUGCUGUGCGUCGGGUUGUACAGGUUUCGUGACACCAGUUCCUCGGGCGCAGCCUCUUCCAAACGCUACGUCAUCACUAACCCUCCGGCCGACUUCACGUUACUCCCGACCGACAUGGUGUUUGUCCUCCUGCAGUUCGACCCAGGCCUGGAAUACAAACCCAACCGGGGAGAAGAGCCUAAAGACGACAACUCUUGACUGCUGCUGUGUAGCACUUUGACUGACGGGCCUUAUUCUUUCAUCUAAGCCAUCACACUUGUUCCGCUUGAGUCCCCACUUUUGUAUGCAAUCUUAGACACACCCACUGUUACAUACAUGUAGGUCAAACGGCACUACCACAAAACAGCUAAAAAUUCUGCAAGAACAUAUCCAAAGAAUGGGAGAGAGGGGCCGUGCAUAUCCAGCAGGUAUUUUGUAUGAGCACCAUUGGGAGAAAAAAGUACCAAAAUAUGGGUUGUUUCUUCGCCCAGUAUUUCUUUUUACACAGAUCGACUCUAUUUACUCGUGUAUAGGAAGAGCUUUUUUAUACAUUUACGACGUAACUUAAAAGCUCUGAACAACGAAAAUCUCUAACAGCGCAAGCGAGAACCUUCUGAGACAACUUGCUGCAAACAGAAAUUUCUUAUGACGUCGUCUUUGUCAUUUCAGUUCCAGAAUUCCAGAGUCAAGCCUCUGUUUUUGCUUUACAGAGGUGGACCUCGUCUUACUGCAAACGCAAACUCCAAUUACUUAAUCCUUCAAGCCCCCUCCCAUACCCAUACAGGAUUUGUUGGUAGAUGACAUAGCAUUCAACAACAGUGAUCGACAUUCAAUUUUACUUAGCAACUGUUCAAACAGACAAGCACGCUUCAAAGUAUUCAUGCAGACGCGUGAUAGACCGUCGUAGCAUUUCUCAAGCUGGGAGCUGAAACAAUGCAUGCCUUUGCAUGCAUUAUCGAAAAAUAAGGGUCGUCCGUUGAGGUCGCUACACGAAAAUAUCUUGCAAACCUUUUCUAAACAUGCAAAGUUGAACAGCUAUCUGAGGAAAUCUUACCACGAACAACAAGUUCCCCCGAUUUCUGCUGUUCCAAAUAUCCUCAACCUGUUACCUCCAUGUCUGCUCUUUUGCUCUUUUUCUCGACACCUUGCAAUACAACAAGAGAAAAAGUUUUUUCUUUCUCUUAUUUCGUACACAUAACAUACGUCUGGUUGCAGCUUAGUGCUGCGUUCUUUGUAUGAUAAAGGCUUCAAUAUUUUAUGUACAAUUCAAAGACGUCAGUAAUAACGUUGUUAUCGCUGGGAGCGGCAAAGGUUGUACAGUAACGUUGUAAAAUGAGCAAGAGACCAGAGUUUACGCCGAGUUAUGCAGAUAUAUAUAUGUAUAGGUACGUGUGAUACAUGUAUAUAUAUCGAGGGACAUGUUUUGGAUGUGUACAGGUGUAGCAGAUGUUGUUGUAAUAAGCUGGCGACGUUGCACAGACACACAUGUGACACACAUGUUGUGACACACAUGUUCUUCACCGAGCCUUAUACGCUUUCUGCAUUCACAAAGGUCACAUAAUGUGUGCAGCAGGUAUAUUGUUGCACAUGCAGAGUUGUGCAGCAGUUUUCAGAAUGAAAAACACAAAUGCGCCUUUCAAGUACUGUGGCUGGACGUCUGAAUGUUCACUGCGCAUUAUAAUCUCAUAUUUUGUACGUUGUUAGCUUGGUCUCAUUAUCACAAAUAUUUUACUGGUCUGUUUCUCGCUAAGUGUGGCAGACUUGGAAUGAUGACACACAACACUAGACAAUCCAUACACGUUGUGAUUCCACGUUGAAGAGGACGUGUUACUUAUUCAUAAUUGUCAACCGUGCGCUGUUUGUGUAGCGAAGGAAGUUCGCGACUCAUACACUGAGCAUUUUCUAGGGACGUAUACAUGAAAAAAUACCCCGACAGUGUAAAAUUUAGCAUUAUUUUCUCUUUUGCGACAUCUAUUAGCUGCUCAUUGACUUGUUGACACUCAGGUGACUUAGAAGUCGUGUCUCGAUUGCUAGUAUUGUUUAUGUGUGAACUUGCCCAAAGACAUAGCUCUAUAGCUCACACUUUGUUGAAAUAGGUUGUAAUAGUAUGUUGCAGAGUAACUUACGGCAUUCUGAUUUGCUAACAGCUCUAGUUCAUUGCUACCUGCUGUUGCAUGUCAUUUUGCAGUGGUCCUUCACGAGGUAUUCCUUCUGAAAACAGCUAUUAGGUGCAUAGCUCCGAGAAACAGGAGCAACAAAUCCCUUAGCAGUACAGAAUCGGUGUGCAUGCACUAAUACUAAAUGCACUAAGUGCAAGACUAAUACAGACAACGUAUUGAACAACAGAGAUAUCUGUAGAGAUGCUGUUAUUGAACUAGAGAAACUACUAUAGCAUUUAGGUUUUUGUUUUCUGAUUUUGAGGGUCACGGCUGGUUUAUUUUUACAUAACUCUAUUUAUUUUGUAACGUUUAUCAUGUGACAGCAAACAAGUUAUGUGACGUAUGUGUUUGUAUGCCAUGUUAUUCAAAAUAGAAAGGUUUACAUGUAUGUUAUGUGUUUCUAGGAUGUACUUCACUUUACUUACAAAGGUUAGAUGAUAUUACCUUUCUAGCCAAGACCAAGUCAUUCAUACGACCGUGCUGAGUAAUGCAUUUCCUUUAGAUGCACAGGUGGUAUAUCUUGGCAAAUUGCUUUCUAAUAUUUAUCCGAAGGAAGAAGGGACUUUGUGUGCUAGUAUUACGAGUAAUUUACUUAAUACAAAACAUGGGGAUCAGUUAAUUACAGCUGCACGACCGAAUAUCUACUUCAGCAUUGUAUUUAUUUUCCUGCAUUUUUUGCAUGAUGCCUACCUCAAAAGAUUGGCAUGUGUUGCAUAAUGGGAUUUACAUUUGACCGUAACAAUGACGAAACUAUUGCCGAGGCGAACAAACAGGUAACGUGUCAGUGCUGAUGCUGUCGUGUGCACAGCAUAUCACACUGUAUGCAACAUGAAAUUUACAUACAUGCAAUAAAAAGGGCGAGCACACUCCGAUUCAAAAGCAGCAGCAGGUAGCAUAUUGGCAUUGAUCUGGAAAUGUGCAGUUUCACAUCAAUAAUCAUUUUGAUGCCUUGCUCCCACACCUUUUCCUACUACCCUCCUUUUGUUACGAUGCCCAAAUCCUGUACGAAUUCAUUCCCAUCGUGUAUAACAUUCAUUCCACGAGUGUAAUAAACAUCUGCAUUUAACUGUUUACUCCUUCCUACUUAUGUUCAUUAGAUCAUAUAUAAAGAAUAUCUCCCAAACUAACAAGCUGAUAGUCCCACUCAGAGUCGGAGCAACCUCCAGGUCGUUUCCCGCUAUCCUAACGAAAGUUUUUUUUUUCUUGCCUCGUUUGUGUAUGUCGUCUGUUUGUGCAUCUGAAACCAACCACUGUGAACUUUCCCCUGGACGCCAUUGUACUGGAUUGUACGGCAUUUAUUUAUUUAUGUGAGUGGCAAACGAUAGUGUGAAAUAAUAACUUUGGCGAAGCGCGGAGUAAGUCUUCACCUGGCAAGGAGACACAGCAUCUUCAUAUUUCUUCCACGCUAACUACAAUCCAGUACACUGGCCAUCAAUAAAUGUUUCACUGCAGUUGGUGGGAAGACGUUUCGUUUACUGUUGCUUUGCUUUCAGUGUAGCAGACGCCACCACAUUCUGCGCACAUCGAAAGCAAAUCAACAUUAAUUUUAACUGACAUACUAUAUAACCAUUCUAGAGAGGUCAUUUGGAUGCAGCGCCUAUGCCUUUCUCAAAGAGAUUGUUCAUGAAUGAGCUUUAUGGGGAAGGGGCGCAAUAAUUAUUUCACAGCAUGUGACAUAAGGGUGAGGAAGAGCUCAUCCUAUGUUUGAACCUGCUCUCUCUCUUGUACUUUCUUAGUCACAUAAUGCUAGAAUGGCUUAUUCACGACACAAGUCUGAGCUUUUCCUAAAUUUUUCGUGAUAUACACUCGAUUGCAAAAAAUGGAAUAACAAUAUCUAGACGCUAAUCUGUCCGUUGUCAACAUUUUUACCCUUAACCAUUGCCACAAUACGUUCACAGUGGUUUCAGAGCUUCCAUGCACAAACUUCAAACUCACGCAUGAUUGUCAUUGCCAUGUUGAGUUGAUACUGUUUGUCCACAGUGUGCACUGUCCUGUAACUUGUCUCAUAUCACACACGCACACACAUUAAGCAAAGCGUGAUUCUAUUCUCUGACCCAGCAAAUGAGAAUAGAGUCAGCGCACUGCCAUGUUUAGCACCUUGGAUGUCGCCGGAUCUCCCGUCCGAGGUGCUGAACACGCAUCAAUCCAGUACGACGUUUCUGUGCCAGGUGGAGCAUAACGCGCACGCUUCACAUGUUUGCCACUUACACCAUCACUUCUAUCGCUUUGUUUGUAAAACACCAGCAACCUUUCUUCUCACACACACUCUCUCUCUCUCUUUGGCUGUUUUUCUUAGUUUCAAAGUUGUGCUCUCCGUAUUACUGUCCCAUGUGUGUGUACUUCUUGACAUGCAUUCUUUCUGUUCCUUCUGAUGUAAAACUGUUUCUCGAGUCUGUUCUUAAGUUUUCAUCAAUAAAUGUGAGGUUGGUCA